AUGGCCGUCGCCUCGACGCCGCUCGUCGCGGCACCAUCGUGCCCGGCCUGGGCGAAGCGUCGUCGCGGGUUCCCGCCGCAGUUCGACGGCAAGCCGUGCGAGCCUGCCGAGGAGGAGGACAUGUGGCUGUGCAGAGCCGACGGCCGCGCGCGCAGCACCGCCGACCUGAAGCGCCUGGCGACCGCCGCUCGGGUGCGAGCGAAACGAGCAGGAGAUGCAGCCGCCGCGAACACGCGCGAUCGGCAGGCGCGCGACCAGCGCCGCCGGCAGCGUGAGCAGCACGACCGGCGCGCAGCGCCGGCGGUCGCCAAGACCGUGCGCCCACAACGCGGCCAGUGCGGCUGCCCGGCGCACGCGGUGUGCGGCAUGUGCGUCGACCAGGGCAAGCUCGCCGCGGCCGAGCAGGCGGCCAUCGACCUGGAGACGCGCUUCCACGCCUCGACGAACGUCGUCAUGGAGAGGGUUUGGUAG